CCAGCCGCCGUCGUGAUCCAUGCAUAACUGGCAGGAACUCCAGGAGCCAGCACCCGGCCAGGGCCGGGUGAGGGAAGGAGGGCCUUAGGACUUCACCCAGCCUGUUUUCAUCUGAACGCAGUCAGAAUCCAGCUCAAGCCCUCCUACACACACAUGCGCAUUUGUGCACCAUGCUACAGGCACACAGACAGAGCAAGUGAAGGGAAAAACCCGUCAGAGCUGCGGCAUCUGGGUACACAGUGAAGCAGGGGGACGCGUACAGGUGGGAGCACAGGCUGGCGGAGGUCGGGCUCACUCGCUGCCGGGCUCUGCACCUGGAGGACGGUCGCUGGGCCCCGGCCGGGCGAGGCAGCGAGGGGGAAUGGUGUCCGGAGGCAUGCAGAUCCUCGGCUUCAUCCUGGCGCUGCUGGGGACCCUGGGGGCCACAGUGGCCACUCUGCUGCCCAACUGGAAGGUGAGCGCCGACGUGGGCUCCAACAUCAUCACAGCUAUCUCACAGAUGCAGGGCCUGUGGAUGGACUGCACCUGGUACAGCACCGGCAUGUUCAGCUGCACGCUCAAGUACUCGGUGCUGCUGCUGCCCGCCUACCUACAGACGGCACGCACCUCCAUGGUACUCUCCUGCGUCCUUGCCACACUGGGACUCUGCCUGGCCGCCCUGGGGCUGAAGUGCACUCGCUGGGGGGGCAGCCGCAGGGCCAAGGGACACGCUGCCCUCGCUAGCGGCACAUGCUUCACUCUGUCCGGGGUCCUAUGCCUGGUGCCGGCAUCCUGGUUCACCAAUGAGGUCAUCACCAGCUUCCUGGAUGCCAACGUGCCUGAGAGCAGCAAGUUUGAACCAGGAGGAGCCAUUUAUGCUGCCUUCGUGUCUGCAGGCUUCCUGCUUACGGGAGGAGUCAUCUUCUGCAUCUCAUGCCCGGGGAAGAGUGAGAGACCCCAGGACUUUACUGCCUCACCUCCAGACAAACCUCUCCCUCAACCACCACUGGUCCACAGCCAGCUUCCCCAACCACCACUGGUCCAGGGCCAGCAUCUCCAGCAGCCUCUGGUCCAGGGCCAGCAUCUCCAGCAGCCUCUGGUCCAAAGCCAGCAUCACCAACAGCCUCUGGUCCAGGGCCACCAUCUCCAGCAUCAGAUGGUCCAGGAGCAGCUUCACCAGAGUGAACCCCACCACGGGCAGCACUAUGUCCCCGCUCCGGCUCAUCCCGAGGACAGCCGAGCAGGAUACAUCCUGCAAGAUUACGUGUGACCUUCCCGUCCAGGCGACGGGGACGUCUCAGCCUGUGCAUUAGCAAGGAGGCCGCUAUCUUUUCAUCACCUUUCCCUCCCCCCACCCUGCUUCAGCUCAUCCUCCAACAGAGAAGAGGCAGGACGGACAGCCGCAGCACUGGGGAUGGGUAGCGAGUGCCGCCAGGAGGAAACAGCCGCCCUCGGGGCUUCAGCACCCGAGUCACCGAACCAAAGGGGUUUGUAGGGAAUGCAUCUCUGUACGCUUGUAGAAAGUGCUGUGUUAUAUUUCUAACUGCGAAAUCGUCUGAUAAGCUAUGACUGGUUCUGUAUGUCGCAGCAAAGGGACUUGGAUGACUGUUCGUGUGAGGGCAACCAGCACUACUAGAUUUAUCUAGUUAGUGGGGUGCUUAGAAUUCCAUUUAGUUACUACAACUACAGCUUUCUGCCUUAUUUCUGAGUGCGUUCUAUGCAGUUUUCAUUUCUAAAUGGUGGUCUAUCUGUUUCUCCUCUUUUGUUAUAACGCUUUGUUCCGUCAUGGCUUGUACCUGUCCUAUGUAUGACUGUCCGACAUGGAGCCUGACCCCCCACUGCUGCAUGGGAUACGGUUUUGCACCCCACAGUACCGGGAGGUCAUACAUUCAUGACCCGCUGGAACUGAGCUCAGCUGUUUCCACACACGAUUAAGCUCCCCUAUUAGGCGCAGCAGAGUGAGAAAUCACUUAAUAAUCUGCUGUCCGUUACAGGCAGCCGCGCGCGAGAGGAACCGGCAGGCUGUGCUCCUGCCAAGGCUCUGAGCACAACUCUGAGUCUGGGCUCGGCACAAAACGGAUACAAAACCGGGUUCAAAGACAUAGUCCACACUUACAGCCGGAAAGGUCACCCUGGAUGGGAUGUCGCUACCUCAUGGGUAACUGCUGACGGUGUGGGCAGCAGGAUAAUUAGGACAGACAGAGGGAGACACGACCCGAGAAUGUGGCCACUCCCUCUACAGGAGGAAAGGCUCGGUGGAGCGCAGCCCCAGAUAAUGCAACUCUUUACCCCCCUCCAUUAGAGUCCCCUCGGCUGGUCGCACACUGCUCAUAAAUCCUGAAGCAGCCCCCACCCCCACCUUCACAGGCACUAAACCAUGCACCACGCACACACUUGGUCUCAUAAUACGCAUCCAGUCCUGUGCUCUCUUCACAGCCCUGUGCUCUCUUCACAGCCCUGUGCUCUCUUCAGUCCUGUGCUCUCUUCAGCCCUGUGCUCUCUUCACAGCCCUGUGCUCUCUUCUUUGUGCUGUUAUAUGCUUUGCAUGAAGCAUCAUUCAAUACUAAGUCAGGGCAACUUUGUCAGGGGUGUCACUAUGGUUGAAAAAUUAAUAUUAAUUAGUUUAAAUUAGGGGUUCCCAAUCCCCGGACUGGUACCGAGCUGAGGAACACUGGGGAUUUUGUGGAGGGUUUAGUCAAUUUCCAAAAAAUAAAAUACAUAUUUUAAUAUAUAAUAAUUUAAAUCUUUAUGACCCCACAUGUCUGUGCAUUCUGUUCAUCUGAAAAAAUGGGAAUAACUCAAUUCAUGAAACCACCGAUUGAUGCGGCGGAUGUAUGAUGUAAACCGGGUCACAUAAUCAAAAGGUUGGGAAAUCCUAAUUUAAAUAAUAUGUUCUCAUUUAUUAUCAUUAAAUUCAUACCCCCUGGUAAAGGUUUUGCUCCCUUUUUCAUAAAUCCCUAGUGAUUUCUUGUACUGUAUAUUUUUUCUCUAAGGUAUGAUUACCACAGUUACUGCUAUAACAACUGGUUUCCCCGCUAAAAAAAAGAUUUUGGCAUCCUUUAGAAAAAAUCAAUAUGUAUUUAGAAGAUACAGAUAGAUAUAGAUCCUGCUUAAGGUUGGGAGAUGAUUUCUGCAAUUGAGCCAAUGGCCACCCACCGGCCCAGUGCACGCGUGAAAGACUGUGUCCGACGAGCUUUGCGGCAGGGGCUGACGCCAUCGUCCAUAUGCCCACCGCAUGCUCUGCCCGCGCCAGCUUGCAUGCUCCCGGCGCACUGCACAAUCCACUGAGGCCUCUGCAUCCCACUGUACCUCAGAUUGAGCUCGACACGCUCCCUGCUCGGAAACGUCAGUCAUCUAUUACCUAGAGCUGACAUCAUGACAAUCGUGUCUCCUUUAAUCAGCGUGGCGCUGACUGUGACAUCACUAACAGCACCAUCCACUCUGCCUCCAUCAUCUUCUUGCACUCUAACGUCACUCAGGAAGAGAGAGGAAACUGAAGGAGGUGUUGUUGCUUUCAAUGGACACUGAAACAUGCGCACAAUCACGAAUGCACUCCCUCGCAUGGCAAGCUGCACGCGCUCUGAAACGUGUGAGUACAUGCUUGUGUAACAGUUGACACACUUGGGUAUCAUUGGGGCUGUAAUUCUGUACUGUUCACCAGUGUGAUGUCCGGGACUAGGCUUGGCCAUGAGAGCUCAUCACCGGUACCAGGGCCUGGCACAGACGCUCUGCUGCCAUGGGUGACCGUGAGGUACUGCCAGGCUAACCGGCUGCUGGUAAGACCACCUCCCAGCUUGGCUCCUUUGCCGGCCGUCUGCCUAGGUUAGAGAGACAGUAGAACUUGGGUUAGCAUUCGGGUUAGGGUUACAGUGAGAAGAGAUUUAGAAGAAAGGUGUAAAGUCUAAGAUCAGCCCCUUAGCUUGACUCACCAUGUUAUGCAACCUAUCACAAACUAUCCAGCCUGAUGGUGAUUUAGGGGUGGGUCCACUGUGAUUUCCAUGAAAGUGCCUGGCCUGCGCGUGCAUGUGCAUGUGCGGCCCUGUUUGAAGUGUGUGUUCAUUGCUGAUCACAGAGACAUUGACUUGAUGGGCAUAAAGAAAUGAGUUUCCCUGCAUGAUGCAAAGUAUUUUUGAAUGGGAGAGCCAUCUGACCACACAGCUACUUCAAAGCAGACAAGUCGACUUCUUCCCAGCUAUAGCCUUAGUCUAAUUGUGUAGUCCUUAUGUUUAUGGGCGUACUUCUCAUUCUUGUCUACAAUAUCUGCCUGUUUAGGUGGAACUUUUACGUUCAGUAAAACCGCUAUGGUAAAACAAA